AUGAGUUUUCGGCUCCUCAACACGGAAAGCCAACUCAUGCCAUUGACGGCCAUAAUUCCGGCCUGCGCCGUGCUGGGGCUAUUGUGUGCUUGCUGGAUCAAAAGAGGCGUAAGUUUCUACUGGGGCAUAGUUCCCAUUGAUCCUCUUCAUGAUUUCGAUUGGCGGGCAGAGAAGCGGAAACGACUGCGCCCCUUCAAGCCGACUUAUAACAUCACUAUGGGCAUACAAGCCGACGACUUGUCCGAACUCAUCACCAUUGACCAAGACUACCUGGACCGAGUGACCGCUCGCCGUUCUAUUGUCGCCAAUUACAACAACACAGUUCAUGGCUGUCUCCCAGGCGGUGAGGCCGCCGUGAAGGAACUUUACUCGUACCUUCUCGGAUACCACCUGCCAACUCGCUUUCCAUCCAUGUUUAAAACCACCGGAAAGGGCAAUUUUCACAACAAAGUCACCGGCGCAACGUUUCCACCGAGCCCCCCUGACGACCCUGAGAUCUGUUUGCGGACGCUUGCGGAAACGGUCGAUGAAGACAUCUUUCUGUUGAAAGAAACGGACACGACACACGUUUGCCUGGCAUUUCUGUGUUGCUUCCCUACCGGCUUCGAUCCAUCGACCAAGUUAGGCCAAGAUUUGAAGCGGAUUCAUGAUCCGGUUCCAUCAUAUGAAAAGAUUGGUCCAAGUAUGGAGCGAUUUUUCCGAAAGCUGCAAGUAGGCAAGAGUGUUAAGCGCAUGAAUGCAAGUAUAAUCAUGUGGGUGGUCCAAACACACGGAGACCUCAUCAACAUUUCAGGAAAUCACAUCAAGGAUGGUGACGAAUUCGUUGCCGAUGAGGCAGUAGACUGCUCCAAGGCAUGUAACGCCCAUUUGCGAAUCGAGCUUCAGACACUCACGAGACUUCCUCAAACACGAUUCGUCCUGUUUUCCUUCAAGACAUAUCUCUACCCACUCAAGGAUGUCAAAGAGGAGGGUUCGGGACCGGCCCUUGCAGAUGCCAUCGAAGGGUUGAGGUCGGGAAAUGCUCCUGGCAUGUUCAAGUACAAGAGUGCGGUUCGUUGGGGGAAGAGCGUUGCAGAAUAUCUUCGAUCAUAG